AUCUCACGUCUUCCAUCUCAAGUCCACAGGUCUUCUAUCUCACCUCUUUCCUUUAGAUGGAACACCAAAGCCUAUCGUCUCAGAGGUUGCGGCGAAAGGUCCGCCAACUCCCAGAGAACCCGCUCGCGAAUCCGCUCGAGUUCAUUGCAUUGGAUCUGUGAUGCCGUGUCAUUUCUAAGCCGACGCUCACCGCCGUCUCACUUCACGUGAGGAGGAUAUCAUCUCACUUCAUCUCGCUUCACUUGUUCGGUCGGAUCUCACCUUUGCCCAGCUCCUGGCCUUGUAGCUCUACCGCCCCGUUGACCUCCUGUACAUCUACAACCUCCUCCACCUCGACCGUAUCAACCCGCACACAAUCCAGCUAGCUGCUCGGUCUAGCCCUCACACCUUUGCAUCCACGGCUCACUUUGACUGGGCCUUGUCUAACGCACGUCGGUACGACUCUCCACCACAGACUUUUCAAUAUGACCUCCCAGACACCUCCCGCGACCAACGAUCAGCAGCAGUAUGAGCAGGGAGCAGAGUUGAGUGACGACGACAACGUCCUGACAGAACAGCAACGUCAAGCCGGAGCUGUUCGCCGCGCUGCAGCUGCUUGCCGCGCCCAGGAUGAAGCCAGGAUCCGCGCCGAAGAUGAGGCCAGGACUCGACGUGCACGGGAUGAAGCCGCCGCUGCCGACCUCGCCAGACGUUGGGCAUAUCCCCAGAUCUCAGCGGUGGCGUCGCGCCCUCCACUCCCACGAGUGGUCGGCGGAUUGAACGUCUGAGCCGUGCCACUAAGCCCCCGACUGGUCCCAAGCGACACCAGCGCAC